GCAGCUUUGGCUCCCUCUAGUGGCGCUUCCUGGUGAUGUCAUAUUGCACGUCCAUCAGUCGCAGGAAUUCCACACAGCGUAAUACGUCAUCAACGUCCGACGCACAAGCACAAGAUACCAGCAGCAACAAUGCUCUUCUACUCGUUCUUUAAGUCUCUGGUGGGGAAAGAUGUGGUGGUGGAGCUCAAAAACGACCUGAGCAUCUGUGGGACACUUCACUCUGUGGACCAGUACCUGAACAUUAAGCUCACAGACAUCAGCGUCACAGAUCCAGAGAAAUAUCCACACAUGCUCUCUGUGAAGAACUGUUUCAUCCGUGGGUCCGUGGUCCGGUACGUCCAGCUGCCUGCAGAUGAAGUGGACACACAGCUCCUGCAGGACGCUGCACGAAAAGAAGCCAUGCAGCAGAAGCAGUGAUUGACCCGCAGGGUGGGGUUUGGUUUCAGGGUGGGUGGGACGGAGGUUUUCUGUUUGAACAUGAUAAGGUUGUGUAUCUUUUGAAAGUGGGUCAAACAUUGUUGUUGUUUUUCUGUAUUUUCAGAGAGAACUUAAUUUCAUUCCUGACGUUUGUGAUCACAAAUUUUACAAAGUAGGACGUAUUGGAAAAGAUCUUUACCCCACAGGCGGUGCAGGAGACUUUAUUUGAUCCUGACUUUUGUUUAGUUUUUUAAAGACACCUACUAAGUAAAUUUUUGAGUCCAGAUGAGGUGAAGAUCUGCUUCAGUUUCUGAAGCGCUGUUGCUUCUCUUUCAAACACACAACAGUUUUUUUUAUGUCACUUCAAAAUAAAAAUAUUUUAUUUAUAUUUUGAA